UCCUGCUACAGUCUAACAUCCAGUCAGACCAGUAAAUCUUCUGGAUGGAAACCAGCAGGACAGCUGUUAGCCUGCGGUGCACCAACAGCCAACAGGAACAAAUCGGUUAUUUAUCCUGUUUUUGUUGAGUUUAGUUCAGCUCUGAACUCUGGAAAAUACCACCAUCUGUACAAUCAUAAGUACUUCAAAGAUGGCUGCUAGGACUGCUGCGUCACUCUUCCUCAUGCUGUCAGCUGACCUCGUUCUUGCUCCUGUAGAUCUCAGAAACAUCACAGCUUCUCCUGGAAAGGAUGCCACCAUGACAUGUCCAGAUGUUGAUAGGAAGAGCUUCAUAACUGUGGAGUGGAGAAGAGCUGAAGAUGAUGAACAUGUGAUUGUGUUUAGAAAUGGAAAAAUUACUCCUGUAGACCAGCAUCCAUCUUAUAAAGACCGUGUGGAUCUGCAGAUGAAGGAUGGAAACGUUUCUUUGGUUCUGAAGAACGUGACGAUUAAUGACAGCGGAACAUAUGAGUGCAGAGUUCUGACACAAGAAAACGGGGAGAUGAAACACAUCUGCAGCAUCUACCUGGAUGUUCCUCCUCAAGGGAACCUGGAUGGAAGUAAAGGCGAUGGAGGGAACAACAAUGGAUCUGGUCAAUUUAUCCUUGGUGGGGCCCUAAAAGUGGCUGCUGCUGCUGCUACUUUUUCCUUUCUCAUUCUUGCUGCUGUUAUUAGGAUAAAGAGAAACACCGAUUUAAGCCAGAACUCCCCAACACCUCCUGAUGAACCAUCUCAGCACGUUUGAAUGGAUCUAAUGUCUGAACAACAGAACUCUGAUGGUCCUGAAGAUGUUUCUGAAGACUAGAGACACAGAAAACACAGCUGGACAUAAAACUAAUAAAUCUGAGCAUUUAACUCCUUUUAUCAAGCUUACUGUAUCAGUUUGUUCAGAACCAAUAUGAGCCCUAUAUGACCCAAUGAUUUCUACAUUCAUUUAGUGAUAAAGUUAUUUAUCUUUGAUUAGAAAAGUUGCUAAAUAAUCCCACCAAAUAUCAAUGUUAUGUAUUAAUCUUUAUUUUAAAGUUCUGUGAGACAAAUGUCCCUCAUGAUCAAUAGAUCUUGUCCUUAUUUUUAUAUAUUUACCCACCAGGUCACAGAGGAAGGACAGGAUGUGAUUUUUAAAAAGUGACAUUUUCCACCCAGUUUGUCUUUUUUUACUUAUUUUAGAUCAAACCAACUCUUCUUUA